AUGCAAUUGGGAAGUUCUUCUCUCAUCGCAUGGAGUCUUACAAGGAGCUCACUUGUGAGUUUUUGGCUCGAUGAGGUAUCACAUUUGAUGAGCUCGAUCGAGCUGAGUUGGACCAAGGCUGGGGAUGGAUACAUUCUUGGCAAGGGAGAGAAGAAGGGACCUUUAGGCAGCUUGAGAUACUGUUUGGGUUCACCUAUGGAGAAGGUCCAAGGCUGCCCAGAUCAGGAAGUCCCAUGCUUGAGAUAUGUCCACAAGGCUCUUGCAAACACCUUCUUUGCAAGGAAAGCCACUGGAACAAUCAAUGAGGGAGAAGUCAAGCUCCUUGACAUGGGAAUCAAGCCUAUCAUCUCACGCACAAGGGAUGGCAAGAAGAUCAGAGGAGAUAGGGCACAUGCAGGAAACUCAUGCCCUCCUUGA